AUGGCUCGCGAUCAUGGUCUUUACGCCCUCAUUGGAGAUGGAGUACGUAAGCUGAAUCCUGUUACGAUCCCGAACAGAAUUGACAAAGGACAGCUUUAUGUAGUGCACGCGGCAAUUCAGGGCGGCAUCGAGGUGCCACUACUCUAUGCUGUUACUCGUUUUGAGACUGUUGGGACUUAUAAAAUGGUAUUGAAAAUCUCCGGGAAGUGCUGGGAGAAUAUAAAGAUAGGAUCGUUCUAG